AACUCGCGCUGGAUUCGCAACUCUCUUACCCAAUCAUUUCGACUUCCUUUUGCUCUGCUCCCUGAGUGCUUAUUACGGUCCCUGACGAAACACAUAAUUCAAUCAUUCACUUCGUCAACGCACAUCAAAAUGGAGUUCUUCGCCAACGCCGCUAUCUUGAUCUUGGGGCUGACUGCCUCUGCCUUUGCAUCUCCCCAAAAGAAGGGUGGUGGCGUCGCAGGUCAGGCCUGCACUGAUGGGACCUUCAAAGGAACUUGCUCCGCAAAUGGUCGCUGUGGAUUGGAAAUCCCACCCAAUGAGCUGUCCAGCCAGAUUGUCGCUGGUCAAUGUGGACGAUAAUUGGUGUUCCGCACUGUUCCAACUCCAUCGAAGAGACAAUCACAUAGGGGAAAUGAAUGUAUUCAAUACCAGAUGCACUGAUGGCUCUAAGCAGCACCUCUCAGCUUGUGACAGUAGUAAUGGUCUUUGUGUUGCUUGUGCUGGAUAUGAGUUGAGUGCAGUGGGGGGGUAUCUCU